CAUGACUGGCUCCGGUUUAACAGCAGAGGUCUCACUCCGAAUCAGUUGAGCGGUUUUAUCUUUUCAUCGGUUGCGUAAUGCUGUGUGGAAGCUACCUGGUCUGUCACUCCGCACGAAGCUUCGGGUCUUCUCGGCCACAGUCAUUCCCUCCCUUCUCUACACUUGCGAAACGAGGCAUGGACACACACACAAGCACUGAAUGUGAUCCCUCACCAGUCAAGUUACAUUUUUAGAAUUAUGUAAUAGACCCCUCAAAUGAAGACAUAUGCACCGGUGUACAUAUUCAUCAGCAAACCAUUAAUGCUACUUCCUGACCUGCCCCUACUGGACAUCUGUGAAAAAUAACUUCAUAGCUCAUCGGAGUCCUCCAGUCUAAAUAAAGACUCCGAUUCUGAAUGUGAAGAUGACAAUAUGGGUUCAACUUUCAUAAGUUUCUGAGUGAAGCUAAAUCGAUUGAUAUGAAGUCAUAAUAGAAACAGCAUGGGAAAAAUACGGCAAAUAUAAUUAAUAAUACGUCCAUUCAUGGUACUUGUGAGUCUAUACGUUUACAUUGUGUGUAUGUUUAAUAUUCUAUUUUAUGUUCUCAUCAUCACCAUGCUGUGUGCAUAUUCCUUCUGUUUGACGUUGAUUUGUUCGCCCGUGCCUCACCUUCCCUGGGUUGCCGUGAGAGCCUCCCCUUGUGUGAGUCGCCUGCUCCCAUGUACUGGGCCACAGAGCACCACUGACAGGCUGCUUCCCCAAUGGGUGUACUGUCAUCCCAGGCAGAGCAUACAGGGAUGCGCACUUAUUAUUACAGUGCAGAAACACCGGAAGAAAUGCAGCGAUGGCUGGAGGCCAUGAGUCUGGCAUCACGACUGCAACUUGGUAUCCCACAAAGCAGCAAUUCCUCGAAGAAAUCCCAAGAAAGGCCCCUGAUGCUAAUCAACCACACAGACAGCAAGCGUUUGAGGGAUGCAAGUGAAUUAAAAAGAGACUAUGCAUCACCGUGUUCGGCAAAUGAAUUUAAUCAGAUAAAUGACACCACAAAGGGUGAACUGUUAAUGUCAAAGUUGGAGUUUAAAAUGCAACACAUGGAUACGAGACUGUACGAAGGAUAUGAAAAGAGGGAUGUACCCCGAACUCAUGACAAGGUGUUAAGGAAUGUACAAAUUCCCACCGUGGGAAACUUUGAGAGAAGUGACUUGAUUUUGCCACGGGAAGAUGUUGGGAAGAGACUUUCAUCGGUAUGGAAGAGAGAAGAUCUUCAGAGAGAACACGAUGCGGAGCGGUAUUUCAGAGACAUUUCUAAACCAAGGGACUUUUGGGAACUGGAAGAACAUCACGCCGAUGGUCAAAAUGAAGAGGAUAAAAAAUUGUAUUUCAAUGCAAGGAAUGAUGGUCGGAAAAUGACAUUUAGUGAAGGAUGCCAACAGCCUGGAUUUCAAAUGGAAAGCACAACACAAAACAGCGCCGAGGGGCGUGAACAUCGACCGAGGUUGCAGAGCCAUUUCUCAGAGGUGACGCAGGGAGAUCAGAAGCAGAAAGCCACGCUUCCUCAGCGUAGCACGAGUGUGGGCAGUGCCGUCGGCAAUAGAAGUCCCGCAAGUGACAGACAGAGCACCUUCUACAAGCAUGGAGCAGCCUCACAUAGGCAAAGCCAAGCGUCAUUGUGCAGUGGAAAUUAUACGCAUCACCCGAGCCUAGAAAUGUUAGAUGGUGGAAUGGAAAACCAUGCAGUUUUAAGUCAUAGAAAAACGUCAUGUCACAACCAGACAGAAGAUAGUCUGAAGCACAUGCAUUACCCAACACACCUGGAAAAAGAAACCUCUAAAUAUAGGCAGAGCUCAUUGCCACAAAUCAGUGACACAGGCGCAUACAAGCAAUGUGUCCUUGAAAGUGCAAUACCUUUAUAUGAGGAUAGGAAUGUACCUUUAUACAGCGACGGAGAUAUUUAUGAACAAAACCAAAAUAUAAGUCAAAUGAACAAUGAUAGUUGUACAGCAGUAGUUUCUAAGUCAGACAUUAAACCGAUGGGAUCAGAUUAUUCUGAUCGCUAUAAUAGACAAAGUACCGCAAAUUAUGAUGAAUUACAAAAGACUCACGCAUUGUAUUCUGAUGGAAAUGCAGCCACAACUAGGCAAAGCCGGGCAGUACACGAUGCUAAAAUGUGCCAUUAUCAGCAAGAUGCAGUCAUACCAAACGAUAGUUUAGGCACGCAACAUGUAAACCAAGUCGCUGCUAAUACCAAUACUGCAUAUUUCCACAAGCCAGCUGCAAUUAAUAGCGCUAAUACUCAUCAACAGAGUAAGAAGACAUUCUGCCACAGUAAAUCGGAGCUUACAAAGAGUCAAGAAGUGUAUUGUGAAAGUGUGAGGCCAUAUUUUCAAAGUCAAAAUAAUCUGGUUGAUGAUGAAGACAUGUAUCUUCAAAGCAUAACUUCUUUAAUUCACGGGGCACAAACAAGCUUAAGCAAGACAAUCUUAGAUGAAGAAGUUGUCACACAUUUGCAAAACCAGAAGACAAUGGAUGAAAAUACUUACAAGCAGUAUGAAGUCAUUCCACAUGAAGUUACCCAGAGACAGAACCAAACAUUUUUUCAUUCAGAAGAAUUCCAUCCGAGCUAUACAGGCCUGAUUGAAGAAGCAUAUACUUACAGACCAAGCCAAACAGCUCUGGAUUGUGGAGCCAAUAGACAGAGCCACGUAGGCGUAGACAAUAGGCCAGCACUACUGACCAAGAGCCGAAUUUCACUGGACGGGGGUAUUGGGGCUUAUAGCAGCCACAGCCAUGCCAUUCGUUCAGAGGCUGAGCGGCAGGCACAGAAGAGGAAUUCUAUGGUGCAUUUGGAAUACUGGGUGAGGACACAGAAAGAGAAAGUUGAAGGUGACAGAAUGAGUAUUGCUUCCGUGCAAACCAUGCCUCCGGCCAUGCCUAGUUACCACGUGGGGCUGAGUGGGCAAUACACGGACAGCUCAGUCCCAGCACCUCAAGCCAUGCCUCGGCGUCCAGACAGCAUGGCCGUGUCUUCAAGACAACAGCAGCAGCAGCAACAGAACCUCCAGUACCGCCAAGAUGUGUCUUUGGAACUCCACAAAUGGAAGCAAAGGCAGCAGAUGAAGAGCAAUACGUCGCUGCAGCGAUUACACACUGCGCCGUGUGUGCUGGGGAGCAUGGUGGAGGAAGAGGAGAUGCGCUGGAUGACGCCACCGCCUCCUGCAGUGUUGCCUCAUCCGUACGGCUCCCCACCACCCCAUGCCUCCUACACGCCGCCCACAGUCUCCCCAGGGCCCGGAACAACGUCUGGAGUAGCCAGCCCCCUUCGAAGGCCAAAUACUCCUGUGCGGAGGAUUGAUACUGGCUCUGUCAACUCACUGCAAGAAGCUGACACCAUCCAUCUUCAAUCCAGCACACCUUAUGUUACUGUUACCAACCAGGUGUCUGUGUCCCACUCUCAGCACAGACCCCCACUCCCCCAGAUUCACCGUUCCACCGCUGCCAAACCUCCCCUGUCUGUCCGCACGGCCCUGGUUGGUGCCCGGCCCACAUCGCGCUUACAGCUGGUGCAUCAAGAUAAAAAGAAUUACAGCUCGUCCGCGAUUGAAGAGUAUGACACAGAUUCGAUGCUCAGUAAGCUGUGCGAGGAGCAUAAAAAGGCACAGCGACAGACUCAGAGGUUGCAGCAACUACGCCAGGAAAAGGAGCAUCUCGAGGACUUGCUGGUGAGCUUGCACAGGCAGUCCGUGCAGCUGCGGGGCCAGUCUCAGCCUCCAGACCCUCACCUUCAACAGCAGCAGCAUGACCUGCAGCAGCGACUCGUCUCCAUCCGAGCAGAGAUAUCCUGCACCACUUCGGAUGUGGAAAAGACGUGGGCUGAGGGCAACAGGCUGGAGCGGGAAUUGAUCGGUAUCAGUGCCCGGUUGCAAAAUGAUCUGGAGGGUUUACAACGCAGCCAGUCAGAAGCAGUUGAACGGCAGCAAGCACACAUUGAAAGGGAAUUGUGGAGGAUCCAGGAUGUUAUGGGAGGCUUGCAAGCAAGCGAGACAGAGACCGAGACCGAGACAGAUAACUAUUUAUUAGGGAGGACAGAGGACAAGGAAAGACCUUCAAACCCUCUGCUGCAGCGAGGCAGAAUGCCUUCACUUCCUUCUACUCCCCAACAUGUCCAACAGUUCCGGAAAAUGUCCUCUCUGCCUUCGCACUCUUCCAGUUGUAGUCCAGUGGGGUCACUCUCUCCAGGAGACUCUCUAAGCGAGAGCAUCACCACCCCGCUCCAAAGCAUCAACACGUCCCCAGCCCACAUGGCUCACGUGCCACUCCAAUCCUACAUCCUGCCUCCCCAGUCUCAUGCCCCAGAGCCGCCACCUCAAAGACUCCUUCAGAACAGCGGCAGAACUCUUUAUGGUGCCAACAUGUGCAGUAUGCCAGGUCAAAGCCGUUACGGUGGAAAAACGAAUGCCGAGUCAACGUCUCCGCCGGUGCCUGCUGCUCUUCAGGGCAGUGCUCACUUGUGGAAACCUACCAGGAGACACAAAGCUGUCGGCCAGCCGUGGUCAGCAGAAAAUGCCAACAAACACGUGCUGGAAAUGGGCGUCUCUUCUGGCAUUGACAGAGAGAGGCCUAAAAGUGUAUCGGACACUGGAGCUAUUGUAGGUUCCUCCAGAAGCAAUAAGAUGAGUGCGGAAGAGCAACUGGAAAGGAUUAGGUUGCAUCAGCAGAUUGUGCAGAAGAACCGUAGAAAAUCUCUGUCCACGGACCCCAGCCUUGAGGCUGAGAUAAAUGCUCUAAACAUGUCUGUACCAAAUGAGCAAGUCAGAAAAGACAGGCUUAGGAUACCCAAACGGUCUGCCACCGUGGAUUGGAGUGCAGGAAAUCCCCCAAACCCACCAAUGAGAUCGGUGUCUAUGGAACGGACGGCUGUCAUUGGAUUCAAAACUCAUCAGAGGCCAGAGUCCCUCGGUGUCCCCAAGGUUCGAGGAAAGCAAAGGGACGACAUGGAUAUCAGUGCGCUGGAACAGGCAGUGAGGGCAUCUGAUGCCACAGCAGUCGAGACCCCAGCGCAGGAAAUAGCUCGGCUGCGUGCCGAGCUGGAGGCUGCGGAUUUCACCUUUCAGCAUUCCGACAGCCCGUGGAGUCCUGGGACGACGGAGACGCCGACGAGGGACGAGACCCCGGAACAAGAUGAGCCCCCGAGCACACGGGAGCUGGAGGCCCGGCAGCGCAACGUAGACAAGAUAAAGUGCAUGCUUGCCAAAGCCAGUUUGUACAAUGUGACAUCGCUGCCCAGUGGGAACGACGGAGGAGGGGUGGCUGUAAAUUCACAGCUUUUGGAGCAGGAAAGGAAGAUCACGCUGUCGUGUGCACUCGCAGCCGAGGCGUCCCGGCGCAGCAAGACCCUCUCUGCCAAAAUUACAUCUCCUAAAAAGAUGUCAUCUCCAUCGCCAGAGAGCCCAACCGGUGGAGGAGAGCAGUUUAGCUUCAAGUGAAGUGUCACUGGGGAAGGAAUUCUAGAAUGCCGAUGGUGCCCAAGAGCAGCACAACGUGUUAAGGGAUGUCACGUAACGAAUUGCGAAUGCAUAUUAACGCAUGGUUUUGCCAAAAAUGUGAGUUCACUAGGCCCAAAUCAAUCGACUAUGACUGAAUGAUUGAGACACUUUUAAAAAUAUUGAUAUUUUUCAUUCAGUCGCUUGACGGCCUAUAAUUAGUUAGGGUCAUCUUAUUGAGGCAUAAUGCGUAAAAUAUUUGAACCACACGCAAAUGUGUUUCAUUUACCAAUAUCUAGAAGAGAUAUACAUAUUGAGUCAGAGUAAUAUAAAUUAGUCGGUUAAUAACUGGAUUUUGAAUUUGAAAAUCAAGGCAAUUUUUUUAAAGCUUUCCAGUUAUUCCGUUAAUUAAAAAAAAGCAGUAAAUUAUGCGUGCUCCACAUUCUAAUGUUCAUAUUAUACCAACGCAUUUCCCUGAUAUGGAAAGUACUUGAAACCCAUUUGAACAGAUUCAAAUCUGAAUUUUUAAAAAAUGUUGCUUUUGAAAUAACAGAUUAAUGCUCAGAUGUGUUAGCUGCUGAGGGUGUCAGGGCUCCCUGACGACACGUAUCUGGGUGUUGCAGUAGUAUGUAGUCUCUUCGGACAUUCACUUUGGUCAUUAGUAUUAGCAUGGCCUUUACAAGCCCUAAAUAGCCUUUCCCAUUCCCUAUGUUUAUAGCCCCCUUUUUCCAUGGACAACUUGACUUCAUUGUAUUUACAUGUUUUUCUUUUUUAAAACGUGACUACAUACGUUGUUGAGCACAUCUUAACAUGUGGGAGCGUGUCCAGUUGUAAUGUUAACAUUUUUUAAGUGAACGGAAAGGACGCGUCUAUGAAACUUUUCCAUGGAAUGAGGGGAACCUUUGCUCGAAAUGUCAUCGCAUGCCCUUGUGUAGCACAGUUGGGGUUGUGCUCAUUAUGAGAAAAUCACAAUGUGUUAAUGCAAUUAUAAAAUGUAUGCAAAUAAUAUAAUAAACUCAUACUUCCAUGAUUAUGCUAACAUUUUGGAUUUUAGUAUAUCUCUUAAUGAUGUAAAAUAUAUUUUUAUUCGAAUACAGUUGUAGUCUGGAAAGUAUCGUGUCACACAAGAUGAGUAACUUAAUGAUUAACAUUCGUGAAAAGUAUUUUCACCGUAUGAGGCAAUUAAAUUGAUGUCUGCAUAACCACGUAGCUAUAAAGUGCUCAGAAGUCUAUUUACAAAGUAUUGAACUCGUUUUUUUUUUACUGUUGUACGUUAAUUACCGCAAGCCAUGAAACAUUUUAUCGGUGCCGAAGAAAUAUGACUAAACAAGGAUCUCGCAACACUAUUAAACCGCCUCUGCGGAGAGGGUUAACCGCGUAAUGCAAGCGGCACGAAUACGUGCGAAACAUGCAAUGCCCUCCAGUGGAGGCACGGGGUGAUCAAACGUGAAAACACAAAAAAACCCAAUUAUGUAUAAGUGUAAUUGCAGUAAAGUUCCACAAGCAAACCGGUAUUGUAGCGCAAACGGCAAUUUGAGUGGACUUUUAAGAACCUUGCUCCCAUUUCAUGAGACGGGAAUUGCAUUUAACACUUUGGGUGGUGGAUGAACCUGCUUUUCGGAAGCAAAAAAAAUCAAACAAAUGGUUGUGGACAUAUCUUGACUUAUUUCCCUUUCUAACCACACGUCUCCAUUUCUGUCAGUGGAGGGAGGGGAUCGAUCCACAACAUGUGUGGAGUUGGACAUCAAUUUAGUUGUUUACUCGCGCAGCAGUAGGACGAGGAGGAUUGCCUGCUCAGAAAUGGAUUAACAAAAAAACUAUUUCGCGUAUUUAAACAAAAAAAUACAAACUGCCAUUUGGCACGAGUUUUUAAAAGAGGUUGUUGUCCAGAAGACAUCGUUUUUUUUACAUUGGUAAAUGUCUGGAACCAUCAUCUAAAACACUUCAUAUAAUAAAGUUGCAUUUUCCUCA